UUGGUAGCAGUGUCCUUCGGUCCACCCGCCUGGGGUGGAUCGAUAAAUUCUGUAAGUCAAAAAAUUAAGCGGCUUCGGGAAAACAUUUAAACCCAUGUUUCAACAAGAAGGCGUCACACCUCUCAAAAGAGUGGUCUUUGUCGCGUGGACAAUAAAAAUCUAUCAUCGAUUCCUAGUCGAUUGCUGAGAUAGAUUGGAAGGCACCAACUGCGUGGAAUCGAUAAAAAGCAUCUAUUAGCUGCCAUCGGCAAUACUUUCAUCAUAUGCAAUAUUGUUUUGCUUUAUAGAUGAAGCAGACAAGUUUACGCUGCCCGAAGUUGAUAAUUGGGAAUUCGAUAUAAUAUAACAAAUAUAGUCAAUAUCUUCGUCAUGUUCGUUUGUUGUCAAUUCUAAAAUAUUGAAGGAUCGGGAGAUUGCGGGGUCUUUUUCUAAUGAGGAGCAUUAUUUGUAGAAAGAUGAGAAGAUAAGCGUUCAGUGUAGCUUUCUUGAGGACCAUUCUAAUUGAAUCAAGAGAAUGUAGGAAGAGUGAUUUUCAUUUGCCUGUUUCUAGCCGUGAAAUAAACUUUUGACAUGCCUACAGCCUCUUAAAAACUAAGAGGUCUACAUCGUGGAAUCAAGUGCCAUUCCAACCUAUGAUAUUUCUAGUUCUUAGAUAACAGGCGUCAGUGAAAUAAAAUAUCUGUACUAUCAUCAAUGUUUUCUUGAAUCGGUGAUUUUGAUAAAGUUGUAGAAUGGCAAGACAGAACUGGGCCGGAAACAUUUGAAUUUGGACCAAGGCUUCUGAAAUGGCUUCUCCGGACAACAUUCUCAAUGACAUUGACUUAACCAGUAGGUAUUCGGAUAUCCUGGCUUCACCCAAAGGCAAGCUGAGCACCAUCACGACAGUCAACUGCGAAGUUAGGAAGGGUGAAUCGAAUGAGGCAUCGACGUCGUCUAUGGGGGACGAUGGAGAUGAUAUUGGCUAUCGCGACCUGCUCGAUUUGGUAGACACCGAGAAUGCCUUGCCUCGAUCGAAGGCAGCACCUCAACCAAGCCGGUGGGGCAAGAUCGCGGGCAACGGCAAGGGUAGCAAGGCAAAGGCGAUGUUCAAGGCGGCUGCAUUGGUAUCUGGCGUCACGGCUGAGCGUCGUUUUCGUAAAGCUAACAAGCCUUCGCGCUCGAAGAGAAAUCAAGUCGGCAGCGAAACGUCCCUCCAUUACGACUGUGAAGAAAUGAAGGAGACCUUAAAACCAAAGGAAGAUCAUCUGUUAGCUGUUAACAAGAGCUAUAUGAGACUUGGUUCAGUCAUGAAACUUUCAGAGGCUGUUCGUCGUGGAAACGUCGAAGAAGUUAAGGAGAGGUUGGCAUGCACCAAGGAUGCCCUUCUCAACAAGCAUGAUAGGAAUGGACUGACACCUUUGCAUCACGCAUCGGCUUCUAAUCAAAUUGCUGUGAUGAAACGAUUGAUUGAACAGAAAGCAGAAAUUAACAUCAAAACAACCGACGGGUACUCGUCAACGCCCCUUCACCUGGCUUCCAAGAGGGACAGUGUUGAAGCGGUCAAACUCCUCUGUGUCCAUCAUGCCGACAUCGAUGCCCGUCAAACCAACGGUCGAACACCCCUGCAUGUCGCCGCACGAUACGGGUCCAAAGAGAUGGUUGAGGUUAUUAUUGAUUUUGGAAAGAGUGACGUCAAUUCCCACGACGACGACUUCGUAACGCCUCUUCACAUUGCAGCUAUAAAGCGAGACUCAAACCUGUGUCUGGCAUUGAUAAAUCGUGGAGCUCUGUUACAGGCAAAGGACAAGCAUUCGGCCACGCCCUUAAUGGGUGCUGCAUCGGUAGGCAAUGCAGAUACAGCUAGAACCCUUAUUGAAAUGGCUUCAAAAUGUGGAAUCAAGGUUGUCGAUUAUCUAAGGGACCAUGACAACGAGGAAAACUCGGUUCUUCAUAUAGCCGUCAGAAGCAGAAAUCUUGAGUUGGUUGAAAUUCUCCUGCAAAAUGGCGCCAAUGUAAACGAUCAGAAAUCAAACGGAGCAUGCCCUCUCCACGAGGCAGCGGUUACAGGGGCUGAUGAUAUUGCGCGUGCGCUCUUGCGAUAUGGAGCGUCUAUCAUGAUGGAAGAUGACGAAGGAAUGACGUCACUGCACAGGGCUGCUAUGCAUGAUCGAUGUGGAAUGAUCAGCCUACUCAUCAAAGAGGGUGCAGAAAUCGAACAUCGCGAUGACUAUGGAUUCACACCCCUGAUCUGCGCCGCCUGGAAAGGGCACAAGGGAGCCGCUGCAAAACUCUUUUCAUAUGGAGCCAACAUUGAAGCGAUGGACGAGAAAAUGAGGACGUGUCUGCACUGGGCAGCAGAGAAUGACAGACCUGACAUCAUUGAACUCCUAAUGGAUCACGGAGGAGAGCAGAUCGUCAACCAUCUCGAUAAGAACGAUCACACAGCUUUGUACUACGCAGCCGAAGUCGGUGACCUAGAGAUUCUUAAACUAUUGGUCAAAUAUGGCGCCAAACUUGAUGUCCGUGACGCGACAGGCAAGACGGCACUUCACGUAGCUGCCAAAAUGGGACGGCAGUCGUUUUCAGAAGAGCUACUUCGGUUGUGUCCUCGGCUGCUGACUGAAGAAGACCUUCAAAGCCAAACACCACUUCAUUUAGCUAGUAGCAACAGACAUCAUUACCUCGUUCAAUGCCUUCUACGAGCUGGUGCAGAUGUAUCCAAUAGAGACGGGGAUUACAAGACGUCCCUGAUGUUGGCAGCUUCGAACAAUGAUGUCGAGACGAUGGUCGUCCUCAUCGAGAACCAUGCUGACGUCAAUGCUGUCGACAGUGAUAAGAACACCGCGCUUCACAUGUGUUGCCUUAGCAACGCGACCGAUGCUGCUAAGUUGUUACUUGAGAACGAUGCCGACCUCACUCUCUUCAACGAUGAUGCUUUCACCCCUCUACAACUAGCUAUUGAAAUGGAGGCGAAAGAGAUAGCAACAGCCAUCAUUCGAAGUGACAAAUGGGACUUGGCCAUGUCAGCCCGUAACCAGGAGAAGUUGUCACCCAUGAAGGCUCUCAUUGAGAAUCUUCCAGAUGUUGCCAUGUUAGUCUUAGACAAAUGCAUCCAGAAAUCAGAUUAUCCACCAAACGAUCCACGCUAUACGAUAUCCUACAACUUCAAGUACAUUGAUCCCGGCAUAACCGAUGAAUCUUUCAGACAUAAUGGGGAAAGAUACGCUGCUCUGGAGACAAUGUCAAGGUAUGCUCGGCAGGAGCUCUUAGCUCAUGAACUAUCUAAAGGUCUUGUCGAACGAAAAUGGAAUAUUUGCUCCAGAUAUGUCUUCUACACCUACUUCUUCUUAUACUUCUUAUUCGCGGCUGCUAUGGUUUUCUUGAGCGCCGUUGCUGGAAGGGAGCUGAGGUAUACAAUGGAUGGUAUGUGUGCUCAGAUUAAUCUGACAAGCAGCGCUUACCUAGCAUCCAUCAUCUAUCGAAACCCGGAAGGAAUGUAUACAUAUUCGGCAUUUGCUAUCACAAUCGUUCGGAUCUACAUCUUCGCGUUCUCGGUGAUGUCCCUUGUAAUGGAGCUCCCUGAGUUUAUGCUGAAACGUUUUCAUUUUUUCUUGGAGCCUGGGAAGUACCUGAAUGUGAUCCUGUAUGCUACUGCUAUCAUGUACACCUACCCACCUGAUCGAGUACCUUGUAUUCCAGAGUUCAUGUUUGGCGUGAUGGCAACCUUCUUGAGCUGGGUCAAACUAUUCCUCAAUCUUAAUAUUUUCGAAACACUGGGUAUUUACGUGCUGAUGUUCUUUCAAACUUUAGUGACACUCGUAAAGGCCAUGGCAGUAUACCUGGGAUUGAUCAUGGCAUUCGCCGUAUCGUUUACUAUGUGCCUUCAAGGAAAAGUGUUUGGCUUUACCGACGAGAGGCUCUCUGUAAUCGCAACCUUUACCAUGCUCUUGGGUGAAAUCAACAGAGGUGAUAUUUUCAAUCAACGGAUCGAUCUGGAACCAUUUGCCAUGCUUACCGAACUCAUAUUCUGUAUCUUUAUUUUCUUGAUGCCCAUGGUUUUAGCGAAUCUCACGAUUGGUAUUUCUGUUGGAGAUAUUGAUGGGAUCAGAAAAGAUGCUACUCUAAAAAUGAUGCAGAUACAGGUUGAUAACGUUUGUACGUUGGAUCGGAAAUUACCUGCUAGAAUCCAGCAAUACUUCCAUGAAGAACAAUAUACAGCACGACCAAACACAACACUGUGGACCUUGUGGAAGGGUUUCAAGCGAAUAUUUUUCCUGAUCAGCGAUGAUGACGAACAAGAAGAGACAGCAACACAAGAUGAAACGAUGGCAGAAUUAUCAGAACAAAGGACUAUACUCCGGCUGUUAUCAGUGCAGAUGAAAAACCACGGAGAUAUUCUCAGACGUCUCGCUGAAAAGGAAGGAAUCGACGUCGCCAUCUUGAAUAAAACAUCUACAGUCAAAAUGAGAUAGUCAUCUUUGCAAGUUACUAUACCGAUUAGUCAUCACUGGCUAUUUUCUAUCCAGUGUAUCAUACGUUAAUAGGAUGGAGUUUGCUUGGGUGAAAAAUGACACACUAAGGCCCGUAUUCUAAAGUCGGGGUUAAUUUAAACUAUGGUCUUAAGUUGUGGUUUAACUAUGGAAAGCCAGUCGUUACAUAGAUGUCUAAUAGUAAAAGUUCAAUGUGUCAGCUCAUUUGACUCUCAAAGCAUUAUUAACUGCAUGGGAAGGGUAAGUAUGACAAUUGUCUUCACCAUAAAGAAUUAGUAAAGAGCACAGUAAACAUGAAAAGCAUUCACUGUAAAUACAAUUUUGAAAUGUUUUGCUUUCCAUGAUUUUAGCACAGAGUUAGACCAUGGUCUAAGUUAAACCCGACUUCAAAAUACGGGCCUAAGUGUUGUGCAUAAAAAUAAGCGAUGGGUAUUAAAACGGUGGCCUACCCCUCAUCCUGUUUCGUGAAUGGAUUUCAAGUACGCCCCUUUC